AUGGCUUCGCUUAGGGUUCUCGCGUUCGAUCAUGAGGGCAGACCGGUUCAUUUUGACACGUGGCUCGACGACCUGCAGCUGUACCUACUGAGCGAUUCUAAGGGCAGUGUUUCGCUGUUUGACCAUACGUCAGGCGCCGCUCCUGCCCCUCCCGACACAGCUGACACCGAAUGUGCCCACUUUGGACAGCACAGGACAGCACAGGCACUGUACGACGCUGUAGUCACUCGCUACUCCUCGCCUGCCAUUGCUGCUCUAGGCCCCCUGCUUCUGCCCUACCUGUUCCCCGAGCUGUCCACCUUUACCACGGUAGAGGACCUUGUUUCCCACCUGCGCACUAGUGAUGCUCGCUACCGCGCUACCGUCCCUACUGAGUUCCUUGACAGGAACCAGCCCCCGAUGUUCAUCACCCUCUACUUCAUCGUCACUCACCUCCCUGACUCUCUUCGCUCUGUCAGGGACCACUUUCUCUCACUUGACCCCACCUCCCUCACUGUUGACCAACUCGAGCAACACCUCCUCACAGCUGAGACUAGUGCGGUUGUUGUAGGUGCUGCUCGCGGCACUCCGCGCCCGCCCUUCGUUGAGGGGUGCUCCCCCUCCCCCCUUGCCCCCUCUUACGCCUCUGCUGCUGCUGCAGACGUCCCUCGUGUUGAGGACGUCGGAGCUGCUUCUGCUAGUGCAAAGCGCCGCAGCGGCAAGGGCAAGGGUAGCAAGGGUGGUGGAGGGGGCAGCGGGAGUGGUGGUGGGGGCAGCAGUGGAGGUGGUGGAGGCAGCGGAGGUGGUGGCAGCAGUGGGAGUCGUGGCGAGGGUGGGGGUGUUGGUGGCGGCGGUGGAGGCAGCAGUGGGAGUGGCGGCAGUGGCGGCGGUGGGACUGGUGGCGGUGGGACUGGCAGCAGCGGCGUCUGA